AUGCAUGAGCAGCAUCGUAUGUCUCUCAAGAACUUCAUACAUCACCUAGUGACCGCACAGCCGGAAGAGAGUCAUGCCGCGAAGACCGAGUCCCGGACACGGAAGCUAUCUGAGACAAUAUACGAGCAGGACGAAGUGCUCGCUGCGCUGCGCAAGGUCCCAAAGAGCGCUAGCACCAAUGAAUUCAUGACAACGCGGCUGGUCGCUGACGUCCAGGCGGAGCUUUCUCAAUUUGGCAGUCCCGCGGUCGGGCUCGGUCAAUUUGAUGCAGAAGAGCCGGUUGAUCAAUUGGAUAUACCUGGGAUGGCUUCACGUGUACAGGCUGCUGCUCCUUGUCUGUGGGCAUUGCUUGUUAGUAUUAUGACACCGCAGCACCCAACCGCUCGUGAUACAUCCGAGGAUUAUCAGGGCAGUAUAUUCAUGGUCUGUGUCAUGUUGGCAUCGGCCUUCGCUCCUCAGACGUGCAACAAAUUUCCAAUAUCGCUCGGCCUGCAUUUACAAUCUAACGGGGCAGGGCGCCGUACUCUCGAUCUUCUCUUUGGCUUGGGCAUCGUUGCAAACUAUGUCAACAUAACGCAAGGCCGUGAGGAAAUUGACAAGUUGGGCAAGGUCAAACAAUAA